AAAGUCCAGCGACGGUCCAAAAAUCGGGAAUCGAUGUUUUGAACUCUUUGCCAAUUCUCGCGCAUUCGAGGUGCAAACCUUCGGAAGGCCUUUGUUUUUGGAUCGGCACUGGCAGUGCGAGGUCGAAAAUCCAGCUGUGACGCGAAGAUGCUGCUGCCUUUGGGUGAAGCGACCAGGGAUUAAGCAUGGAGAAUUGGAGACUGGAUGUAUCCAGCAUAUUGAGUUAGUUGAUGGACGUAACAAUCCAUGAGAAUGGGAUUGGAAGGCAGAUGGCAGCGGAAAAGCAGUGGGGGAAAGACGCGGAAUGGAAUUGCCGGGGAUAAGCGGAGACGGAGGGAAUUCCGCGGGGGGCGCGCUCAACCCCGCGAUUCCUCCAUCGCAUUAAGACAUACUUUACUUCUUGCUUGCUCUCUUCCUUCCAUCUUUUCUCCAGUCACCACCUUUCCUCUUCCACCUUUCAGUAUCCUCUCAGCUUUUCCCUCUACCACACAACAUGGCUUCGUGGCUACAGAUCCCCAAGAACUCGCCCUUUUCGUUGGCAAACAUUCCCUUCGGAAUCAUCUCCACAGCCAAAGCUGCCUCGCGGGUCCCUGCCAUUGCCAUUGGCGACUACGCCUUGAACCUGAAUGCCUUCGCCUCGUCUGGCGGCUUCGCCCAGCUGCCCUCUUUCGAACCUCAUCUCAAUGUUUUCGACCAACCCACGCUGAACGCAUUCGCAGCAUUGGGACGGCCAGUGCACCGCCAGGUUCGCGAGUACAUCCAGUCGAUCUUCCGCGCCGACACCCCCUUCCCUCAGAUCCUCAAAGACAAUGCGUCACUCCAGCAGGAGGCUCUCCUGCCCCUGUCUGACGUGACCAACCACCUACCCAUGCAGAUCGGCGAUUACACGGACUUCUACGCGGGUCUGAACCACGCCUACACGCUGGGAGUGCUCCUGCGGGGUCCCGACAAUGCGCUGCAGCCCAACUACAAGCACCUGCCCGUGGCGUACCACGGCCGCGCCUCCUCCAUCGUGCCCUCGGGCACGCCGAUCCACCGCCCCAACGGCCAGAUCCUGGCCAACCCCACCGCGGUGCCCAAGGUGCCGACGUUCACCACCUGCAAGCGGCUGGACAUCGAGCUGGAACUGGCCGCGUUCGUCAGCCGGCCCAACGAGCUGGGCCAGCCGGUUUCCGUGCAGGAAGCCGAGGACCACAUCUUCGGGGUGGUGCUGAUGAACGACUGGUCGGCGCGGGACAUCCAGGCGUGGGAGUACGUGCCGCUGGGGCCAUUCAACGCCAAGAACUGGGCGACGACCAUCUCGCCAUGGGUGGUGCUGCUGGACGCGCUGGAGCCCUUCCGCACCGCCAGUCUCGAGCCUGAGAACAACCAGAACGUGCUGCCGUACUUGCGCGAGAAGCGGCACGACAACGUCUUCGACAUCCCGCUGGAGUUCGAGCUCACCAACGAAGGCGGCCAGCCCACGACGAUCUCGCGCAGCAACGCCAAGAACCUCAUCUUCUCCUUCCCGCAGAUGCUGGCGCACCACACGAUCACGGGCUGCAAUCUGCGGACGGGCGAUCUGCUGGGCAGCGGUACCAUCUCCGGCCCGGAGCCCGGCAUGGAGGGCAGUCUGAUCGAGCAGACGAAGGGGAAGAACCCGAUCCAGCUGGCGGACGGCUCGAACCGGAUCUUCUUGGAGGAUGGCGACACGGUGGUUCUGCGCGGGAAGGCCGGCACGGAGGGCAACUAUGUGGGAUUUGGCGACUGUAUCGGAAAGAUCCUUGCAGCUCCUCAGCUCAACUUCGACUAGCCUAGCCUAUUCACUCGAAUAUCUCAGCAGCCUAGGUAGCUUAGUUCGAGUACAGUACACAUAAAAUUGAAGCAAUAUUCCCCUACCC